UGGGUUGUUUGAGGGAUAGCUGCUAUGUUUGUUUUAGUGGAGAUCGUUGUAAGUCUGGUGGUGCUCGUCGUUCUGAUCACAGCUAUUUCAGCCUGUGUUUGUGGCUGUAAGAACUCCAACCAGAAAAGUGAGUUGAUCGGAACGGCAGGUGUGGUCAAAAUCCAUUAUGAUGGAGAGGCCCCAUCUCCAACCCCCACAACUCCGGCGUCAGUCAAGCGAGCAUCAACUCAGAAUAGUCAGAGAAGUUUGCCGGAGAUUCCACAUCCAGUCGGUAGACAUGACAGCGGGGACACAGCUUCGGAAAUAUAUGCUACUGUUAACUUAGAUCAAGGAAACAAGACAGUGUCUGCACCGUCAACAAGCCGGGAUCAUGCGUAUGAGCAUGCAUACGCGAAGCUUCAAAAUCAAAGCGACGCACUCAUUACCGUGGAAAUUACUCCUGAUCAAUCAUCGGAAAAUGUAAUUCAAAUCGAUGAACGAGACGCUACCCAGAACGGACCAGAAUCCGUGGUAAUAUCUGCGUCAGUGGCUAUUAGCGGCCAGCUACCAUCUAGCCAGGAGUUGCCGUACAUCACACCGCCCUCUCCGCGACCGCAUAAUGACGCCGCUGUGCAUUUCAGUGGGGACUCUACAGAUUCUGCAAAGGGUUACACGAGCAUAUCAGUAAGAGAACCGCUGAGCAACAUUCGAGCACAGAGUGCGAAAGCUUUACAGCCACAUUAUGCCACCGUUUCGGAUGAUUCUGACGAGAUGUACGCAGCAAUUGAAGAGGCAUCGGUGGGCGAGGGCUCAGACACGUAUGCGCAGAUCGCGCCUGAGCCUCGGCGGCGGGAGCCCUCAGUUACGACUGAUUUGUUGAACUCGGAUACUCAUCAAGCGAGGAGAAGUGCGCCCCCAGAGAUCAGUGCACCCACCUCUAAUGCUACACAUUCAAGACAAGCAUCAUCAUCGUCGUGUUCGAAUUCGACGGGGGCGCUAGGUUCGCCGAAACCCGAAAAACGGUCGGCCAACUCUCCACUCCCGCCGCCGCCUCACACAUCACACGCAUCUCACGCAACUCAUACGUCACACGCGUCACAUGCAUCACAUGGGUCACAUGCGACACAUCCAGCCCAGCAGCGUGUCACUGCUGAUCAACGACAACAUCAGAGAAUAUCUAGUACAGGUGACCUCUUCAGCCACGACAAACUCCGUCGCAGUCUUAAUGAAAAACAUCAGCGGAACAACAGCUGCGUCAGUUCCUCGGACUUUUAUGGAUGCAACUACCCAGUAGAGAAACAUCGGUUCAGCUCCGGAGACAUCAUCCGACCGCUUGUCGCUAAAGAACUCAAUUUCGACAUCGACAAUCGUGAGCGGCCAGGCGAUAAUCUUUACAACUCUAUAGACGGCCCCGCAGGACACUACAGCGACUACUCCUCCGCCGAAGCUAACACCAGCCUCAUCUCCGAACAACGCGUCACCGAAAGCCCUUCACGGAACGUUGAAGAGAUGUACGCCAAGGUCAUGAAAAGAGCCAAAGGUAAAGACGAUCCCGCGCGAAGGUCCAAAGAUUUAACAGAUGGCGAAGCUCAUACGUCCAAAUACCGUAAUGAUGAUCCUGGAUAUGAGACGAUAGAUCGCAAGAAAUCAGCCAACCACGGCUACGAAACCAUCGCACAUAAAGAAAGAAAAAUCUCCAACCAAGACCCGGGCUAUGAAACAGUAAAGGAUAUCAACAUAACUUCAAAUUCGAACUACAGUAACAAUAACCUACUGAAGCUGAAUCAUGUUGACAGUGGCCCAAACAGUAUAAUUAGCAGUGACGCUGGCUACGAGCACAUAUCGAAGACCGACAACAAUGCGUCAGAUUCGGAACCUAAUUACGAAGUAUUAAGGAAUCAACCUCCAACUCCGCCUUAUGCAACGAUCGCGCCCAGCUUCAAGGUCCAACCGACGUACUCCACGGUGAAUAAACGACCUUCAAAGUACAGCAACUGGCCAAUAAACAAUAACGAUGAACCUAGUGCAGAACCUAACUACGAGUCGAUGCCUCACGAUCCUCUCUACACCACAGGGAGUGAAUCAGACCCUAACUACGAAUCAGUUCGGCCGAAAGAUUCAAACUAUGAGAGCAUGAACACGCAAGAUCCGAACUACGAGUCUUUGAGAUGUAAAGAUCCCAAAUACGAGUCCGUCAGGUCGAAAGAUUCGGUUAGAUCAAGGAAGGACCCGAAUUACGAAAGUGUGAAGUAUUAUGACGUUCCUAAAAAGGAACCCCCUUAUGAACGCCUGAACAAUGACGCGGCAGCAGGCUCUGACGUCGAGAGGUCUGAUUCUUCAGCGGGGUACGAAAAAAUCAAUAUUCCAAACAACAGAAAUCCUAAAAGCAGUAUUAACAAUGGUGGCGAUGGCACCGUCAGUGAUUAUUUUCAAGUGUAAUAAAGUAAAGGAAUGAACGGUGGUGUUUAUCAACAAGCGCGAGUAAGAGGAAUUACUAUGAAUAUGUUUUAUAGCAAUAUUGACGAGAUUUCCAAAUAGUGUGCUUUUUUAUUUAUAUUUACAUAUUAUACAAUUAUAUCUUUAAUAAUACCUCAAAGAUAGAUAAAUCCGUAUCUUCCUUAGGUAUCUGUGAUAUAUUCAGCGUGGAUGUUUUAUUUUUAAUUUAGUGAGCAACUUUGAUUGACCGCUAUUUCCUAUGCACACACGGUUCGUCAUCUCUAUUGAAAGUGUGUCCAUAAGUCUUAUCAAGAUCAACGUACUGUAUUUGUAUGCUGAUUGUACAAAAUGUAGACUAUGUACAUAAUUAUUUAUGCUUCAAGUAAUU